UCAUAAAAGUUCCUCUGACUAACACAAAAACUGACAUCACCAACCUUCGAAAUUAACAGAUAGAGAAAAUGGUGACAAGAAAAAAUGUGUCGAUUUGAAUAUUAUUAGGGUCACGUGCGAGAGAAAGUAAAAAAAAAAAGCAGGAGAAAAAGAAACCAGUGGGAAAAAGUCCACCUUCCACGGCAGCUACCAAGUGGUAGGUGUGGAUGCUAUAAAAACAAGAGUGUGUAGAAUAUGAAGCUGUUAGGCAAAACAAAUGAAUAGGUAAUCAUAGAGUUAGACUUGUGCACAACAACAUAAUCAAGCAUGGUUGAUAAUAGUGUGUUAGAGCUGAACCUUGGUUUAGGUAACAACAACAAUAAUAAGAACAAUAACAACAACAACGUUGUUGGUGGUGAUGCACAUGCAGAUGCAGAUGCAGGACAGUCAGCGAGGCAAAGGUGUCCGGCACCAUUUCUGUUGAAGACGUACGAUCUGUUGGAAGAAGGUGAGAGUGAAGAUAUGACAAGAAUUGUGUCGUGGAAUGAAGAAGGAAGUGGUUUUGUUGUGUGGUCUCCUGCAGAAUUCUCUGAGCAUACCUUGCCUAGAUAUUUCAAGCACAACAACUUCUCUAGCUUCAUUCGCCAAUUGAACACUUAUGGAUUUAAGAAAAUGUCAUCGAAAAGAUGGGAAUUCAAACACGAGAAAUUUCAGAGGGGUUGCAGGCACAUGCUAGGUGAAAUCACGAGAAAAAAGUGCGAGCCAAGUGUUUUUCCUGCAUACCUUAAGUCUUCUUCUGAGGAAAAUGCAACAGAAGAAAACAAUCAGCAACUACUUAUGGAAGAGAACAAGAACCUUAAGAAAGAGAGAUUAGAGCUUCAAAUGCAGAUUGAAGAAUGCAAAGCACUUGAAAUCAAGUUGCUCGCAUGCCUCUCUCAGUUUAUGGAUACCCAACAAACUAAAAUUAGGAGACUUUGUUAACAUCCUUAUAUAAGGAGUUUUAUGUUGAAAGUGUCACAUCUACGUAGAUAAAACCAAAUUAUAAUAUAUAAUUAAGGUACAAAUUUUAUAUUACAAGUUGGUUUUAUAAAAAUGAA